CAGGCCACAGGCCACAUGCUGUAUGCCACUUGUUCACACAUUGAUCGCCUUCGAACCUUGUUCCAUAGCUGAGAAACCAUCGCUGUAAUCCAACAAUCCCCACCUUCUGUGCAUAUACGUGAAGUGUGCCUCCCCGCCCAUAGACUCACUGAUCGCAGCUUCUAGAAGGCCCCACCACCUUACGCCGUAGCCCCUCCCUUGAGCGCGUCACUGCUCACACUCACUCACACUCAUACAUCCCCAUCUCUACUCUCGCAAAGGUACCAGCAACAUGCCAAUACGAAUUCGGUUACGAGCGCCCAACGGCCAGCACACACUCUCCCUCGACGACAACGCUGCCGUGUCGGACCUCCUCUCCUCUAUCAGCAAUUCCACAGAUCUCCCCUUGUUCGAGCUGAAAUGGAACUUCCCGCCACAACCCCUCGAUCCCUCGCUUUACGGCCUGUCCACAUUGCUCAAAGACACGGAUCUUAAGCUCAACGGCGCGCAAAUAAUGGUCAUCGCACAAGCUACUGGAGAUCCCAGCGAGCAAAGGCAGGGAGAGGAGUCUCAAUCUGCCUCCCAACAAUCACAGUCUCAGUCAGCCCCAUUGUCACUCAAGCGAAAGCAGGCUUCGGCUCUCAAGGAUACCCCCGAGGUCCCGGUCCCCGAUCGCGGUGGCACCAUUGUACUGCGGGUGAUGCCAGACGACAACUCCUGCAUGUUCCGAGCUGUCGGUAGCGCUAUCCUCACCGAUACGCUCGACUCCAUGACGGAACUGCGGUCGAUGGUUGCGCAGGCUAUUCAGCGAAAUCCAGAGUACUACAAUGAGGCCAUCCUACAACGAUCACCAGACGAUUACUGCAAGUGGAUAUCAUACUCCGAUUCGUGGGGCGGUGGUAUCGAGCUGAGCAUCCUUUCGCAAGAGUUCGAUAUCGAGAUCGCCAGCAUUAACGUGCAGGACCUGAGAGUUGAUCGGUUCAAUGAGGGAAAGCCGCGGCGUUGCAUUCUCGUCUACUCGGGCAUUCACUACGACACCAUUGCUUUUGUUCCGCACGGGGUGUCACCUUUAGACUCCGAGAACGACAUCAAGCUUUUUGAUUCGACAGACGACGUUAUACUUGAGGCAGCAAGACAGCUCUGUGGAGAACUGAAGAAACAGCACUACUUCACCGACACGCAGAAAUUCGAUGUCAAGUGCAAUACCUGUGGCUGGCAGGGUGCAGGUGAACAGGGAGCAUUGCAGCACGCAUCUGAGUCGGGACACACAGAUUUCGGUGAAGCCGGCUAGGGCCUCCUUUUCAAUCGUUUGUCAUGGCUCCAGAACUUGCUUGAUACCGUACAUAGAUGGCGCUUGUGGAUUAUUAGGGUGAUUUGGUCUUUGUAUUGAUAAGACGUAUACCCAGGCAACAGACGGCUUUAGAAGAUACCAAAUUAGAUGAUUAGUAUGUCUCUCACUCUUCCCUUCGCGCAAUUAUUUUCUAUACCCAGAACCAAAUCCUCGGCCGAUUGGCUUCAAUAGAAAUUCCACUAGC